CGCGGAUCGAGGAUCGUCAGUUAUUUAAAUAUUACGAUAUUACAUGGUCUUGUGCAAUAUUACAUUGUGUGGAAAUAAUUAAAACGUUCAAGUGAAAUUAACAUUUAAAACUAUUUUUUAUAAAUUUUGUGUUUUGUGUGUGACAUUGUGCACUGUCGUUGAUAAACGACAAAUUAAGUGAGUUUUGUAGAAAUUCUACGAGUGCGACACACAUUGGCUAUUUAUUUGGAAAACGUUAAAUUAAAACCUUUAAAAAUUGAUGUGUUAAGACAACACAUGAUGGUGGCGGAAUUCGUCGCCAGACAGCAGAGUGCUUCCCCCGUGAACGGAGAGACCGCGCACAGCCACAACGCGGCCGGCAACAUGACAGACUCGCACGGCCACUCGCACAGCCACAGCCACUCGCACAUCCCGGUGGGCUACGUCCACGACGGCGGAUCACCAGGAUCCCCAGGCUCCGAUUCCUUCAGCCACCAGAACGGACAAUACGACAUGGCCGCUCAUCUCAAACGCAAAGAACUAUUCUCACAGCGCAAACAACGCGAAUUUAUUCCCGAUAACAAAAAGGACGACAGCUAUUGGGAUAGGCGGCGUCGCAACAACGAGGCGGCCAAGAGGUCCCGUGAGAAGCGAAGAUUCAAUGACAUGAUCUUAGAACAACGUGUUGUAGAAUUGAGCAAAGAAAACCACGUCCUCAAGGCACAAUUAGAUGCCAUCAAAGAUAAAUAUAACAUAUGCGGCGAAAGUGUGAUCAGCGUCGACCAAGUUCUAGCCACACUGCCGUCCAACGAGCAAGUAUUGAGUAUAACAAAACGCGCAAAAUUGUCAAAUGCCGCUAACGGUGGUGGCCAACAACUUCUCUACCCUCAAAGUCCAAGUCCAGCAGGUCCCACGCAUCCAAACGCUGCCAUGGGUUUCCAAUCAACCAGUCCGGCGCUAAGUGUUAUAAAUCAAAGCGCUUACCGUGGGUUAGAAAGCGAGCAAGAACUUUUUGUGACGUCUCCCGUCGCACAUUAUCCAUACGAGGCCGCCUCCAGUGCCUUGAAUCUGUCUCGAAGGGCUCCUUCGCCCUACGAGGUGUCAAGUGGGUCAGGUGACGAGGCACAUUCCAUGUUAGCCGAACCCAAUAAUAGUUUACCACUUAAAUUACGUCACAAGUCUCAUCUGGGAGACAAAGACGCAGCAAGUGCUUUACUGGCUCUGCAGCAUAUUAAGCAAGAGCCAGGAGCGCGCUGCAGUCCGCCAUGGGACACGGAAGGCUCUAGUGAUGAACGUGAUUCGGGCAUAUCCUUGGGAGGCGAAUGGGCACUCAGGACUAGACAGCGUGACCAGCCCAGUACUCUUCCACCUGUCAUAGAUGCAGAUGAUGAUGAGGGACAUCUUAAAAGCGAAUUGGCUCGCCUUGCUUCUGAGGUGGCCACGCUUAAAAGCAUGAUAAACAGCAACAAACCCAAUGUCGAAUGACCAUUGCUGAACUAAAUCGUCAUACCUUGCAGCUUGAAUUUACGAUCAUCAUCUGGCCACUGCAUAUUCAGCCUCUAAAUUUAUCUUACCGUGUAGUUUAUAAAGAAUAUUUAUAUACAGUUGUCUAUAUGUAAGUUUGUAUUUAUUAAAAAUUAACAUAGUCAUUGGAAUGAAUAGGAUCAUCAUAUAAGUAUGAGAUGUAGUUGAGAAGAUACUAACAAUAUUGCCUUAAGUAUGGACAGUUUUAAAGGCAACUGUUAAAAAGUGAUUUUAUAUUUACCUAAUUAAGUUUUAUUUAUUUUAUGUGAUUAUUUAUCAACACGAAACAUUUGAAAUUUCGUAUGUAAUGAAUAAGUUAAUUAUAUUCUUAAUGUUAUUGCAAUUAAGGACAGCUGGAUACUUUUCAUUAAUUCUAAAGACAAUAAUAAGACUAAUGAAAAGACGUUUGAAACCUGUGCUUAUGACGAGAACUACAACUACUAAAGUAUAUGACAUCGCACUAUGUGUUUUUGAUGAAUAAUAUUAUUACAUUUUUAUUUAUGUUACCUUUUAUUACCGCUGGCGGUCGGGUUUCAUUUUGAGAAGCUUUGGUUGACUGAGUAUUAAUGAAAAGCAUACAACUGUCCUUUUUAGGUUCACAUGAUAAAAACAGUUAAAAUAGAAGUGAUUGAUUUAUUUUCCCAGUUUGUGAUUUGAUUUGAAAGUUCCAUCGUACUGCUUUUUAAUAAAGCGGAUUGUGAGUUUACUCCUUAGCAGUGUAAAAUAUAUAUAAUUUGAUAUAGAUAUUAUAUUAGUUUCCAAUCAAUGACUGUUAUAAAUUGACAAUCGCACAUAUACCAAAAGAAACGAGUAGAUUUCGCAAUCAUUCACAGUCAAGAAAAGUCAGAGGGGAAUUGUACCAAGUUAUAAAUUCACGAAAUGUUUAUUUGUUUUCAAUACGAGUGAUUUCUUUAUUGUUAUUUUGUUCUGAACG